CAUCCUCAUCCCGUCAGACUUGAUAGUGGUUGGGUUUUGAAGGAGAGCGAAUCGUCUCAUCAGCUGCUUGAACGAAAAGUGAGCCGCAGACGGAAGCACCUGAACCUGCGUGUCUUAAUUAGACUGUAGCUUGUUUGAACACUAGUCCCGGCCCAUAAUACAGCUUAAAAUAUAUUGAAAGUACUGUUAAUAUGUAGAUAAAACAACUAUGACUUGUUUAACCCGCUGGAUAACUGUAUUGUUUUCUGAAUGGGAGAGAGGAAGCGCAGCUAGCUCGCGCACCGGGUCUAAAUUCCGUGUACUUAGCUUGUUUCAACUUUGUGGAAAUAUGUAACUGUGACAAGUGAGACUGUAACAUGGAGCAGUCGGCUACUCUCGACAUAGAGACGCUGAAGAUUACCCAGGAGCAGUUUAUGCUCGCAUCCCAGUCUGUGCAUCUCCAGCGACCAGGCUGUGAUGCUGUGUACCCAGUGGGUCUGUACGGCUGGAGAAAAAGAUGCCUCUACUUCUUUCUGCUGCUGCUACUGGUCACCAUGAUAGUUAACCUGGCCCUCACUGUCUGGAUCAUAAAGGUCAUGCAUUUCUCAGUGGAUGGAAUGGGAAACCUUCAGCUGAAGCAAGACGGGAUUCGUCUGGACGGAAUCUCUGAGUUUCUCCUGCCUCUUUAUGUGAAUGAGAUCCAGUCCAGAAGGGACAGCUUGUUGGUCUUGGGGUCAGAAAAGAAUGUAACGCUGAAUGCCAGAAACAACCAAGGCCAGCUGACCGGUCAGCUCACACUGGGACCUGAUGCCGUGGAGGCCCAGUGCCAGAGGCUGGAGGUUCGAAGUAAAGAUGGAGGCAGACUGCUAUUCACUGCAAAUGAGGAGGAGGUCAUCAUGACAACAGAAAAGUUCACUGUCACAGGCUCGGAAGGCGCCGUGUUUGGACAUUCAGUAGAAACUCCCCUGAUCCAGGCGAGAGCUUCUGAAGAACUGAAGCUUGAGUCUCCAACACGGACCCUGACCAUGGAGGCUCCCAGAGGGGUGGAAGUCAGCGCUCCCAAGGGGCCGCUAAAGGUCAGUGGUCGAAAGGAUCUACAGCUGGAGUCCACAGAAGGAGAGAUACUUUUAGAUGCCAACACCAUUCAACUGAGUAGUCUCCCACUGGGCGUCUACACAUUGUCACCCAAUCAGGCCUCCCAGGAGCAGGCUGUAUACGAGGUGUGUGUCUGCCCCAGUGGCAAGAUCUACCUCUCUCCUGCAGAGACCAGCUCCACCUGCCAGGCCAUGAGCAACAUCUGCCUCUGGAGCUGACCUGGUAGCAGUGUUGGUGAUGGAGGCCCCAUUUCAAAUCUGCUCUGGAGCUGUUGAGUUUGAGAAUCCUCCGUUGGUACAUUUGACGGAUAAUGAAACUCACCUCAGCGGAGAUGGAUCUUGAACUCUGAUCUGAGUUCAAAUCAGUACAGAAGCAUCCAAGUCCACUAUGUCCCUGUGAAUGUCUGUUGGACGUCAGGACCCCUGACAGUGUUUGAGGAAUGGCAGUCAGAGCAGCUCUCUGAAAUCAGGAAUAUCACAUACGAACAGGAACAUUUCCACUACCUUAUAUUAGUCAGAGGACACACCCUUUAUUUUUCUACUUUAGGUUUGUUGCAGACAUGCAGUGACUGUUUUCAAGAUUCAGAAAGAAUAGAUGAGAAAAGGUAAAACACAGGUGCCUUUAGCUUUGAAAGAACUCUUAUUGCAACUGAUAAUGAGUCUGGCUUUGCAAUCAUAGAGAGAUAGCUAAAGGUUUUUAAAGUUGUGAUGUUAGAAAGACAAGUAAGCACAAUUCUGUCAUGUUUUUCCCCCCAAAAUCCAGAUUUUGUUUUUAAUAAUCUCAAUAUAUAUUUUAGUUUUUUUUCACAAUGUUAGCAGCUGUGUUAUUUGAAAUUAAACAUGUUGUGUUUUUAUGUGGCACCUAUUGUACUUCAAGUUUAACUGUGAUUAAGACCAGUUAAAAC